AUGCAAUCUACUCUGAACGCGAUCCUCGGCGCAGCCCAGCUCGUUGCCAGCUGCUUCAUGGCCUGGAAGGCCAUUUCCCUUUGUACCGGGACGCCAUACCCAAUGAUGGUGGUCACCACAGGGUCGAUGCUUCCCGCAUUCGCCCCCGGCGACGUCUUGUUUGUCUCCAACCACUAUCGGGAUGCUGCAAUAGGCGAUUUGCCUGUUUGUUGGUUACCGGGGAGCGCGAUUCCAAUGGUUCAUAGGGUGCACCGGGUGACAUAUGUGCAUAACCAAAACAACCUCAGCCAGCAGCUGAUACUGACCAAGGGGGACAAUAAUCCCAUCGACGAUACGGUCAUGUAUCCCGGCAGCCAGGGCUUCUUGGACCGCGGCCAGGUCCUCGGGUUUGUCAGAGGGUAUGUACCCUUCAUUGGAUGGGUUGUUAUUGCCGUGCAAGAAUUAAGUCGCCUUCCAGAGCUUGCUACCAUGUUAUUUCGGGGUAUUGGCUCCUGA